AUGAGUACCGCCCUCGAGUCGUCGCCUGUCCUCCACAAGGUGUCUAGCAACACCAAGGAGGAGUACCCCAGCGAGAAGAACCCCAGCUCGCUGGAGGGUGGUCACCAGGAGAAGGAGGAGUCAUACGAUGACCACGAUGUUACGAAGCCCUUUCCCGUUGAUCCUGAUGAGGUGGAAGAGACGCAUCAGCUCACUGUCCGUGCUGUUGUCGUCGGUUGCGUGUUGGGUGCUAUCGUCGGUGCAUCUAAUAUCUAUCUCGGUCUCAAGACUGGAUUCACAUUCGGCCCCCAGUUAUUCGGAGCCAUCUUCGGUUUCGCCAUCCUCAAAUUCAUCUCGAAAGCCGUUCCCGACUCGGGUCUUUUGGGUCGCUUUUUGGGAGGAUCGUUCGGACCCAAGGAGAAUUGUACAGUACAAAGUGCGGCUACCGCUUCCGGUGGAUUGGGUAUCCUUUUCGUGUCAGCUAUCCCUGCUAUGUACCGCCUCGAGCUUUUGUCUACCGACCCAUCAAAGGAUAUUGGCAAGCUUAUCGCUCUGACCACAUGCGCUGGUUUCUUCGGUGUCUUCUUCGUCAUUCCCUUGAGGAAAUACUACAUUGUCCACCAAAAGCUCACAUUUCCGACGCCUGCUGCCACUGCCUACACAAUCCGUUCUCUGCACCGAGGAACAUCCGGGGCUAUCGCUGCCAAGAAAAAGUCGCUCGCCCUUCUGUAUGCCUUCAUCGCCGUCUUCUGCUUCAAGGUGAUGACCGGCUAUGCCCCUGGUGUCAUCUAUGACUGGCACAUCGGUUGGACUCUCUACCGAUUGGGAUUCACUGGCAUGAUCCAAGUUGAGAAUUAUGGCUGGAUUAUCGAGUUUACCCCAGCUUUCUUCGGUGCUGGUAUGCUUUCCGGUCUCAAUGCCUCGUGGAGCUUCUUCGGUGGAUCUAUCUUGGCUUGGGGUAUCAUCGCUCCCUCUCUUGUCAAGAAUGGUCUUGCUUUCGGUCGCGUUGCAAGCGAGGAAUACCCUCUCGUCAACUACCUCGGAAUGUCCUUCACAGACCCUUCAUUGUACCUCGAACGCCCCUCCCCCCGUUACUGGCUGCUAUGGCCCGGUGUCCUCAUCAUGUUGAUGUACUCCUUCGCCGACGUCGUCCUCACUCUCGCUCCCCUUCUCCGUGGAAUGUCUGGACCUGCUCUUAACCCCGCCAACUGGUUCAGGAAGCGCACCGAGCUCGAUCCUGAGGACGAGGACCAGACCCCUCUCGAGGAUCGCAUCCCCUUGCCCUGGUGGACCAUCGGUCUCCUUCUCAGCACCAUCAUGUCCUGUGCCAUCCUUGCUACCCAAUUCAACAUGAACGUCGGCGAGGCCAUCCUUUCCCUCCUCCUUGGCUUCAUCUUUUCCUUCAUCGGUGUGCAAUCGACUGGUCACACUGAUGUCAACCCCGUCUCGACCGUCGCCAAAGCCUCUCAGCUCAUCUUCGGUGGUAUCUCCAAGGGUGUCGGCCUCGAGCCCAAGCCCGCCCAGAUGGUCAACUUAACUGCUGGUGUUAUCGCUGCUGGCUCCGCUGCCCAAGCUGCUGAUAUGACUGGCGACUUGAAGACCGGCUACCUCCUCCGCGCAAAACCCAAGAACCAGUUUAUUGCUCAGCUUUGCGGUUCCGUUGUUGCUGUCUUCCUGACCUCCGGUCUCUUCAUUCUCUUCACCAAGGCCUCACCUUGCAUUGUCGACCCCAACGAUGAUGGUACUUGCACAUACGGUGUGCCUUCCGUCACCGCCUGGGCUGCGGUUGCGGUUGCUGUCACCAGCCCUAGACUCCCCAUCCCGCCCUCGUCUGGCUACACGGCCAUCGCCCUUGGAAUCUUCUCCAUGGUCACCCUCGUCUUCCGUAACUACUUCCUCCCUAAGAAGUACUGGCACUGGGUCCCCAACUGGAACGCCGUUGGUCUUGCCUUCGUCGUGCCCCAGGUGUAUUACUCCAUUGCUAUGGCUGCCGGCUCCAUUUUCAACUAUCUCUGGAUGCUUCGCAACCCCGUCGGAUACGACAUGUACAUGUUCGCUGUCUCGGCUGGUAUGCUCGCUGGCGAGGGUCUUGGUGGUGUCUUCCAAGCACUCCUCGCCAUCGCUGGCGUUGAUGGCGGCAAAUAUGGAACCGCCGUCGGCUGCCCCGGUAUCGAGUACUGCGGUUGA